AUGCCCCGCCCCUCGCGCUCCUCCUCCUCCUCGCGCGACACCCCCCCGCCGCCGCCGCCGCCUCCUCGCUCGGACAGUCUCCGUCUGUCAGCAGAAGAUAUGGUUCUAGUAGCGAACGGUGGCGCUCGGACACCAUCUGGGGCGUUGGCUCACUUCCUAGCGGCGUAUACCCCGGCGGAGCUGGCAUUAGCGAGGUCAGACUACCUGCGUCCGCCGGCGGCGUCGCCCGUGCCGCCGCGCUCGUCGCUGUCGCUGCGCGUGGACAGCGCGGAGGCGAUGGCGCCGCGCCCCAGCCGGCCGCGGCACGUGCCGCACUCGCACUCGCACUCGGUGCACGCGCUGCGGCGCCAGGGCCGCGCCCGCUCCCCCCCCUCGCCCCCCACGCCAGACCUCAGCUGCGACUGCCUGCCCAUGGACCCCAUCCCGCCGCCGGAGCUAUUCGACUUCUGAACACUUUACUCAUUUGGAGCUUCGUUUUCAAAUGUGCUCCUACUUCUCUUAUUUAUGAUAGCCUAAGUAGGGACCGCAAAAAUGGGGGGAGAUAAUAUAAAUAAUGUUUUCGGUUAUAAAUAAAAUAAUGCAAACUACAACCGUAAUUAACUAAAAUUUUGAGAUCUAUCUCGUAUGUUUCAUCCUCCUUUUUCGCGGACCCUGCUUGGACUAUAACGCUGAGAUAGUACAAAUGACAUGUUGACAUAUCUCUUUCAAUGUUAUUCCCUGUCAAGCUGACAUUUGUAACUAUACCAGUGAUUUGAAAGGUUUGUAGCGUUUCUUCUUUAUAGAAGGACAUAAUUGUUCGAUAUAACGAAAGUAGAGUGUUAAAUUGAAGAAAAAAUAAUGAAAUGUAAAAAAAAUCCUAUCUCAAAGUUAUCACUCUUGUAAAUGUAGUCACAUUUGAAGACGGGGCGGCCGGCCCACUCGAAUUUGUAUUAUUAUUCGAUUUAUAGAGUAAACAGUUUGAUCGAGUGGCAUCGAUCACUCGUAUUCGAUUGUUCGUUAUGAUUUGACGAGGCGGACCGCAGCGUUCUGCGACUGUUGGAAUAAAUGAAUUGCUGGUGACUUAGGAGUUUUAUUUAUGUAGUGUGGGACAAUGCAUGGAGCGAUAUAUGUGCCAAGUGGUUGUCAUGGAGUGUCGCACUGAGAUUCUAAUUCACCGCUCUCAAUCAGCGCAUCUUUGUAUAAAUAAUUUUACUUGUGUCAUGAAUUUUAUUAUUACAUGAUUGUUUUUUUCUGUAGAUAAGUCGUCUGUCUGUCCGUGUGUGCUGUGCACUUUUUUAUUUAAUUUAUAUUUGGAAUUUUGUUUUAUGAAAUCGUGUUUUUUUAAAAGACAUUAUUGAAUAGUGUCCACGGCACACCCGCUCAGUCAGUGUUAUUGUGCUAUCGCUUAUAUACUAUUACAUUAUGUAUUUUAAUCGUUGUAAUAAUGUACAAAGUGAGUUUGAGCUCAACAGAUACAAUCUAGCUUAGUGUUAAUUAUAUUUUUUUCAUUUUCCAAUAUAACAAAAUAUAAAUACAAAAUAUGGCUGUCUUUGAAUAGCGAUAAAAUGUUUAUAAUGUCAUUGUAAGUACGUCGUGCGGCCGGCGGAGUGGGCCGCAGUGCCGGGGCCCGGGCCCCGCGUGCCGGGCCGCCGGGCCCCACGUGCCGGGCCGCCGGGCCCCACGUGCCGGGCCCCAGUGCCGGGCCGCACGACAUCGCGGUCGCCCACGGCAGUUGCUCUUUCUAAUCAUAAGGCUGAAUUAGAAAGUGUCAAAGGUACAUAAUGUGAGUGUGCGGAACACGUAGGCGCGAUAGUAUACUUCACUUAAAUCGUUAGACGUGUAUUGUGAUCAAAGUAUUACGGACUUGUAGUUAUAGCAAUAAUCGUUCAUAUGAUCGUCUCACUGACUUCUAUCUACUCGAUGUUAUCAGCCUUUCAUAUUGUGAUUCACUAAAACUAUUCUUUUUCGAUUUGUGUGGAGCUUCGUUUUUUUUCAUAAUUUUCUUUGGUGUGUGGACUGUCGCAUACUUUAGGUGGUAAAUAUUGUUAUAUGAAUAGGUAUGCAUGUGUGUGUGAGCGGUGCGGCGAUCGCGGAUCACUUUUCUAUUAUAUAAUUAAGUGUAGUGUUAUAACUUUUACAUGGAAUCACAAAUUCUGAGGUGUCGGCGACGGCGGUCGUGUUGUCUGCGCCACUUGUGAAGCGAGGCGCCAUACAUACUAAAACUUACAUUAUUGUUCAUUACAUACAGUAGAACUUUCUUUUGCUCAAAUACAAAUUAUGUCCUAUAAUAAGGGUGGUAUACAAAACACAAUUAACCCUAUGUACUGCAUAAAAGGUAUAUAAUUCAAAAUACAAAUCAAAUGAACUUUUAUUAAACAAACGCAAUUUUUAUUUGCUUUUAUUAGUGUCGUAAAAAUAAAUAGCUGCAAAAAGUCAGUUUAUUAUGAUAAAAUGCAGUUGUUUUUAUUUAAUAGCAAACAAACAACCAUAUUUUAAAGUUUAAUAUAAUUAGCAAAUCCAAUAAAAUAAAUCAUGUAUAUGUAUUUUAAUUUUUAAACAAACAAUGCAAUCUUUUAACCAAAUAAUUUUGAUUACUCGCUAUAUCGACAAAUAAUGUUCUACGACGAUGCGACUGGUUGUCCCGAAAUACAUAAUACUGUUUUAAAUGUACCUAGUUAUAUAUUUAUAUAUAUAUGAGCUUUGUUUUAUAAUAAUUUAGAGUAGUACAUUUUGCCUGCGAGGGGACUCGUGUCGAGAAUUUGUGAGAUACAUUCAAAAUGAAAAAUAAAUUUUAUUUUUAAUUCCA